CUCGUGCAGCGCGCGGCACCGAGAUAAGUGGUCGUCAAAUGAUGUCUGUGAUCGCUGGUUGGUCGGUCGCUACUGCAGCAGGUCGGCUACUCGUUUAACUCGCGUUGAUGAACAGUAAUUUAUUCCGUCAUAUAUAUAUAAAUAUAUAGGUAUAUAUUAUAUCCGUUCGUAAUUUUCCUCUGGAGGUGUUAUUCGGUCGUCUGGCGCGCGAGACUGUUACACUGCAAAUUCAAUAAUUAUUGUAAUAUUAUAUAUAUUGCAGCUGCAGGUACUUAUCUCACAAUGAUAUAAAUGAACAGUAAACGUAUGUAAGCAGGUACCUCCUAAACAGCUGCAGUUUCCGAGUGAGACUCGCGAGUGUUUUUUUUUUUUUUUACAUUUUCGUCAGAUUAUUAUAUUAUACAGGCGAUAUACCUAAGUAUUACAAAAAAUAGUCGAUUUUUUUCCGGUCAUUACUUUAUAAUUUUAUUUUUAUUUAAAAAAAAAAAAUUAUACCUUCACACGUAAAAUGUCUGCGAAUAAUCAAACGGAUCAAAAAAAAGGAGAUGACCAAAAACGUGCCAUCCAACUUAACCAGAUACCAACAGCACUACCAGGUGAUGAGGGUAAAAUGUCAGAUUCGCUCAAAUGGUUCGCUUUCGUGUCGUACGGCGUCGGUCACGUUCUCAACGACCUGGUCGCCUCCAUGUGGUUCACGUACGCCUUGGUGUUCUACCACUACGUCAUGCAGCUGUCCAGCAUCAAUGCCGGGGCCGUGGUGCUCGUCGGCCAGCUAACAGAUGCGGUUGCGACGGCCGCCAUAGGCGUUUUAUCGGAUAACGCUAACAUCUAUUGCACCGAUCGAUACGGCCGUCGUAAGACUUGGCACCUCUUUGGUAGUGUACUUGUGUUCAUAAGUUUACCGUUUGCGUUCUCGCCGCCCAUAUUGCCACAAGCCGAGAGCUCCGAACUGAACACCGCUCUAUACUAUUGUUUCUUCAUCGUCUUCUUCCAAAUCGGAUGGGCAUCCAUCGAAAACUCGCACAUGGCGUUGGCUUCGGACCUGACGCCAAUAAGGGACGAACGAACAGCUUUACUAUCCAUCAGGUAUAGUUUUACCGUCUUUUCAAACAUCUUGGUGUACGUAGUCACCUGGAUCGUGCUCAGAAGUAACAAUGCGAGCAAAACUCAAUUUGGACCUUCAGAAAGAAAAGAAUUUCAAAUAGUCAUAUUGGUGAUAAUGAUUGUCGGUGCUAUGACGACCAUAAUAUUUCACAUUGGAGUACGCGAACCACUUACUAACAAUCGUGUGAAUCGACAGCUUCUGAUGACUGAAACGGAGGCUGAACGCGCAGCCAACAGUUUUUGGUCCAUGUUCAAACGCAUCACUCUUUACCAGACUGCCAUCGUGUACAUGAGUUCUCGGAUCACGGUCAACAUGACUUUGGUGUUCUUGCCGAUGUACUUACAAGACUAUUUAAAACUGGAAGCCGAAAAACUAGCACUGUUGCCCUUAAUAAUGUUCGUCAGCAGUUUUUGUAUGUCACUCCUCAACAAACCAAUGAACAUGAAACUCGGUAGAAAGUACACUUAUUCGUUUGGUGUAACGUUGUCAUUGGGUUCAGCGUUGUGGUGUUAUUUAGGCGAAAGUGACACAUUUGCCAAAUAUCAAGUAUACGCUGUCACUAUCAUAAUAGGUAUUGCUUGUUCGGUGGUAUUGGUCACCAGUCAAGCAUUGACCACCGAUUUCAUCGGCGACAGAACGCAUAGAGGCGCCUUCACGUUCGGCCUGAUGAGCUUCACCGACAAAGUAUGCAACGGGGCCGUAGUCAUGGCUGUCCAAUCUUUGCAUUGCGAUACGUGUCCGAAUUACUAUCGCGACGUAAUGGUCUACAACUGGACGAUUCCGUCGUUUUUGGCUUUCAUCGCGGUCAUCAGUUUGCCCUACGGCGGACGUCCAAAUCUGGUUUUACCAGAAAUCCCGGAAACGCAUUCAAGCGGCAAUAAUCAACACGCCGACCAAUCGAAAAAGCAUCCGAUCGAAAAGGGAGAAGAGGCCUUACCCAGCCACGCGAUAAAUUCAUGACGGAACAAGUAAUAACUUGUCUAGUCAACUAAUCGAUAAUAUAAUAUGAUAUUUUAAAAUAAAACAUAAAUUAACAGUAAACAAGCGACUAAUCGUGUAGACAUAUUUAAUUAUUAUGUGUGAUUUAUAAAAUAAAAUAAUUAUAUUGUUUAAUAUCGUCUUAAACAAAAACUCCAGUCGUGACUAUAUGGGCAUUUGAUGAUACUGUGAAAACCGUGUUUAAUAGUAUAACUAGAUCAUUUCUGAUUAGUUUAUUCAAUUUUAUUAUAUCAUAGAGUUUCUCCAACAACUGUUGAAAUUGUGUAAUUGUAAUAAAAACAAUUAAAUUUUUUUAUUUUAAAUAAGUCAUAAGGUACGAAUUAUUAUUGUUAUUACUAAUUAUUAUUUUAUUUUUAUAUAUAGAAUAUCGAUGUCCACAUCAGGUACAUCUAAUAUUCUAAUUAAUAACAAUGCAAUGUAAAUUUUAUUUUCAAACAAUGUGAUUAUAAUUG